UGAUGUGGUCAAAAUGACAGGACAUCGUGGAGGCAGAGGACGUUUCCAAUUGCCACGUUUGUUUUCUCUUCCGUUCCGUUCAAAGUCCUCUGCGUUUCCAAUUUCCCUCCUCUCGUCUCCCCAGCUUCCGCGCUCCCCCUCUUGCCGAAAAUCUAGGUGGGAAUCGUUUUCUUCGCUCAGAAACCAUGAAUAUUUUCAGGUUCGCCGGCGAUAUGACUCACUUGAUCAGUAUUUUAGUUCUUCUCCUCAAAAUCUACGCUACCAAAUCCUGCUCCGGAAUUUCACUCAAGACUCAGGAGCUGUAUGCCCUCGUUUUUCUGACUCGGUACUUGGAUCUAUUCACGGGCUUCAUAUCUAUCUAUAAUACUGUGAUGAAGCUGAUCUUUAUAGCAAGUUCUCUGGCAAUUGUUUGGUGCAUGCGGGUGCAUCCAAUCGUGAGGCGGUCAUACGAUAAAGAUCUUGACACUUUUCGUCAUUAUUUUCUUGUUGCUGCAAGUUUCAUUCUCGCCCUUUUAUUGUAUGAGAAGUUUGCGUUUAAAGAGAUUUUUUGGGCAUUUUCAAUAUACUUGGAGGCCAUAGCAAUUCUUCCUCAAUUAGUUUUAUUGCAACGAAGUGGAAAUGUGGACAAUUUAACCGGCCAUUAUGUCUUCUUUCUUGGAGCCUAUCGUGCGUUGUACAUCCUCAACUGGAUCUACCGAUACUUCACAGACAUACAUUUCAGCCGGUGGAUAGCUUGCGUCUCUGGCCUGGUUCAGACUGCUUUAUAUGCUGAUUUCUUUUACUACUACUACAUUAGCUGGAGAAACAAUGCGAAGCUUAAGUUGCCAGCUUGAUUAAGGCUGGGAUCACUGUAUAAUGCUGUGAAGCUUGAGAUCCAGUAAUGUUCUUACACCAUGAUAGGUAAUCUUGCCUUGGGGAUGGGGAUACAACACCUAAUUUCAAUCAUCACAAAUUCCUUCAUUUCCGGAUGGAGAUACCUUAAUUAACUGCCAAGAUGCAGGAGGGUUCUUGUUGAAAACUGACAUUUCGUAGGGACUUUUUGACUAACCUUUCUUCAUAGGGUAAUUAUAGUUUCUGGGGUUGGGUUUCUUUUCUUCAUUUCUAACUUGCAAAGGUAUCCUUGGAAGGACUAACAUCAAGAUAAGCUGAUACGGUUUUCUGUUCUGUAGUUUCCAAAGUUUAUUGCUAAUGAAAUCGAUGGCUUUCACAUUGUUAUUGUAAAUACAACAUUUGAUGUUUUAUUAUCCUCCAUUGUUAUUGUGAUCAAAUCUUUAUUUUGAUAA